GUUAAUGUAGUAAUUGUUUUGUUAUAAAGUCACAAUUCACCCAAUCAAUCAGUUAAUCUCAGAUCGAUGAAUAAACGAAUUUUUAGUAUUUGUUAUUUGCUUUAGUUGAAGUAUUAUCAUCUCUGGAUUUAUUACAUAUAUUGAAAAUAUUUUCGAAAUUUGGAAGAUUUACGUGGACAGGUCUUGUGCAACACUACAUAUUACAAGUCAGUCAUCUCUUGUGUGAGAUGCAGCAUCAUCAGCCACACAUUCUAAUUAUUUUAUAUAUUCCAAUGCAAGCCUUAAAGGGGUCACUAGUCCAGGCUGCAGAAAUGCCGGUUGCAUUAAUAAGAAGUCACCAGAUAAAGAAAUUGGGAGACUGUAUAGUUAAACAACCAUUACCAAGCUUUCCCAAAAUCAAAUAUACUAUCAAGAAAUGUGGUGCAGAGAUAUCCUCCCCAAUAGAAUGGAAGAAGUGGAUUCCUGGAAUGGAAUAUACCAAAUGUAUUGUCAUAAAGAAUUUAUUGAUGAAGAUCCAGAAGUUUACGUAUGAAUUGCCAGAAACGAAAUUCUUCUUAACACCCUAUCCCAAGACCAUCAGCCUUAGCACUGGCACAUCCUUUUAUCUGCCAGUUACAUUCCAUCCACUAGAAGAGAGAGAAUACAAAGACAAGAUAAAGUUCUCUUCAAAUGAAGGAACAUUUUUUGUUGAAUUAAUGGGAUUACUUCCAAAACAAGAAAUAAAACUAACAAAAUCUGUCAUACUUCCAGUGUGUAGUGUUUUUAGCCAAACUACGACUCAAGUGAAAUUAAAGAAUGUUGGAGAAGUUCCAGUAGAAGUUAGAUGGUCUGCUACUGAACCUUUUGAAGUACAAUGUUCUGAAGAUAUAUUGGCACCUGAGCAGUCACAUGAAGUCACUAUCAUAUUUAAACCAAAGGCUGCAAGAAAAUAUGAAGGUGAACUUGUAUGCAGAUAUGGAACCGAACUGAAGAAAUGGAAAAUUUUAAAAGCAGUUGCUCAAGGAAAAUAUCCUCACUUGAAGAUAUCUGCUACUGGUUUGGGAUUGUGUUAUGAAGAAUCUCCAGAAGGAACACAGGCAAACAUUGAUUUUGGAGUCAUUCCCAUUGGACAAACAGUGAAGAAAUAUAUUACAGUAGAAAAUCUGUCACAUGCAAAUGUUGCAUUUAAAAUUGAGUUUCUGAAGUCUCCUUCCAAGACAAGUUGUACAAAUGUGUUUCUGUUACCUGAGAAAAAUGGUGUCAUUCUACCUAUGAGCAAUUUCAACAUACCUAUUCAUUUCACUCCUGAUAUUGUUAAUUCACCAAUAAUUGAAUAUUUCUGUGUGGUACCGCAUGGUCAUAUAUCAGGAAAUGUUAUCAAAUGUGUUGGCUAUUCAGAAGGUCCCAAGGUUCAUUUUAAAUAUGGUCACAUCAAUUUUCAGAUUGUUAAUUUGGGCUCCAAAGCAUCAAAGAAUUGUUCUAUUGUGAACGACAGUCAAGUUACCAUAACUUACAAGAUAUUUUGA